AUGUCGAUGAUAACAUAUAUUGCCAAACAGCGUACAUUUAUUAUUCCAAAAGAGAAUGUUACUUUUCAAACUCUUACAGAUCUGGUCUUCAUUGACAAAAAGUACCGAUCAUGUCCCAAUCUGGACAUUGUUAUUCGUCAACUUAACUACGAUUUCUAUCAUGAUCUUCUUCCUAUUAUUGCUCAAUGGGCUUCGGACCAUACUCAAUCGAAUCCAAUUAAACCUCUUCAAGUGAAUGUCACUGCUCGUGUUACUUAUACGGCUGCUCAAGCUCGUUAUCUUCUUGCCAAUGCCUUUUUCCUUAAUACAACCAAAGGAUAUGGAAGUAUUGAUUUGAUCGAUCUAUAUCAUAUACCAUUUGAUCGAGUGGCUAUUGAACGACUACGAUGUUUGAUCGAAUAUUUCCAUCUUUCGUCACAACAACAAAAUAACAAUGAUCAUCGAGAGAUUUCAAUCGAAAGAUAUUUGUAUACUGAAGAAUUACCAGAUUGGAAAAAACAAUUAGUUCCAAUUCAAGAAUCCAAAGUAAACGUUUUUGCGGAACGAAUGGAAUCAUUUGAAGAAGCAAAUGGCUUUGUCGAUUUUGCCAAUAAACAAAUUCACAUUCAUUCGAUUACUUCAUCAGCCACACAAGAAGAAAUUCUAUUCAGCUGCUGUCCUGAAGCAUUUUUGGCUAUUCUUGUAUGUGACACAUUAAGAUCCGAUGAAAUAGUCAUUCUUCGUGGAUGUAAACGAUUUGUUGACUAUCGUGGUUAUGGUGAAGCAUUUCAAUUCAUUGGUCCUUAUCCAAAUCAAAAUCCAACACACAUUCAAGAUAUUCUUGUUAUGGAUGCUUGUUUGUCAAAUCAUUUUAGUCGGCGUCAUAUCGAUCGCGAUUUGGGUAAAGCAUGGGCUGCUUUUUUCAAGGCUAGAGAUGAGAUAAUUGUCACUGGCAAUUGGGGAUGUGGUGUGUUCGGUGGAGAUUCUAUGUGUAAGUUUCUUCAACAAGUAUGUGCCGCAACUGUACUCGUUGAUGUUGUCAAAACAUUGAAUUUUUCAACUUAUGGCGAUGAUAGAUUAGUGUCCAAAUUGAAAGACUUAAUGAAACAAUUGGAAAAGAACAAAAAGACAGUCGCAGAUGUCUAUCAAAUGAUGGUCAAAUAUGCUGAAAAUGAGAAUAGGUGUUCUUCAAGACCAGCCUUUAGUCACUAUGUCCAUGAAUGGCUCAAUGCUACGUGA